AUGUCAGAAUUAUUCUCCACGUAUGAAUCUGAUUUGCAAUUGGCGUUACAAGAGGCCAAGUCCAAAUUAGCUCAAAUAUCGUCAGCAGAUGGAAGUAUGUAUAGCUUAAUAACUAGUGGCGGCGAAGUAGCGAGAGAUUUACUAACGAACAGAAGAUGAACGUAAGCAGUUUUUAAGGGCCAUUGAGACCGCAACAGAUGAAUGCUUAGAAGUAUUGGAUCAAAUGAGUAUAGAAGUGCAAAACUUACCCUCCAAUCAGAGAUCAACGUAUAACACGAAGAUACGUCAGUACAAAUCGCAGGUGGAGGAUAGUAAAGAUAGACUAAAGAAAUUGUUGGAUGAUCAAGACAAAUACGAGUUAUUUGGAAACAGAUACACGGACGAUGACUCGCACGAUGAUAUACAUGAUUCUCAACGCAAGCAGUUGUUGAAUAAUAAUUCUUCGCUAGAAAGAACAUCCGAGAGAUUGAGAGACAGUCAGCGAAUAGCUCUCGAAACAGAAAAUAUCGGGGGUAACAUUCUUAACGAUUUAAGAUCACAGAGAGAGCAAAUCAUGGGGUCCAGAAACACCUUGAUGACGGCGGAUGGAUAUGUCGACAAGUCAAUUAAAACUUUGAAGUCAAUGAGCAGAAGAUUAACUGCAAAUAAAUUCAUAAGCUAUGCUAUUAUUGCAGUGUUGAUUUUAUUAAUAUUUUUAGUACUUGCAAGUAAAUUUUGGUAA